CCGGGAUGUGGCUGCCCUUUUCCCUUCAGGUUAGCUUGUGGUUUCUGAGGACUGUCUUCACCGCUCCUUCUUCAGCUGAGAAGAGGUCUAGGUGGAUCUACCGCAGCUUCUGUCACCUUGUGACCAGCAGUUUGUGCGGUGAUGACGGGAGGGUCACCCGGAAGGAUGUCAACUUGGUAUGCGAGUUGGUGCGUGGUCCGUGGGGUCCCAUGUAGACAUCGUGAAAAAGAGAGUUUAUUUGGGCAAAUAGCAACUUGUGAAUCGGAGAACAACACUCAGCCAUACUUCGUUAUUUGUGGGUCUCCCAGAAGGACUUACAGAAAAGGUUUUUAGAAGGUGGGGAAUUGUCUAUUCUCAACUCUUGGUGUGAAGAAUGACCAGCCUCACUGAAAUCAAGGAACUAUUGACAUUCAGAGAUAUUACCAUAGAAUUUACUGCAGAGGAAUGGGAAUACCUGGACCCUGCUCAGCAGAAUUUGUAUAGAGAUGUGAUGUUAGAGAACCUCAGAAACCUGGUCUCUAUAGCAUUACCUAUUGAGGGCAGCAAAAACCGGUCUUAUGAAAGCCUCAGAGAAAUCCAGAAUUUUGGGUGCACAUUUGGAUUAAGUGUCCCGUCAAAUGCUUCUGAAGACCAGAGAAUUAAAAUUGAAGAGGAUAUUUAUGACUGUCAUCAAUUUUAUGAGUCUGUCAUUAAAACUUUAUUAUUCUUCCACCAAUCAAUAUUACCUUCACAUACCAACAUCUACAACUGGGAUCAGUAUGGUAAGAUGUUUCUCCAGUCGUCAUUGUUUAUUGAAAAUCAGGGUGUAAAUAAUUGGAAAAAAUAUGACAUAUCAAAUAAAAUUUUAAUAUCCCCUUUCCAGAAUUUUACCCAAAAUAAUUACCUAGAUGUUCAUACUAAUGAGAGAAUUUAUCAAUGCAAUAAACCUGAAAAGGCCAUAAAUCAAGUCUCAUGCUCUAUGAAAUAUUUGAAAUCUCAACAUUCAGAGGUCCAAUACAAAUGUAACAAAUGUGGAAAAGUAUUUCAUAAAAGGUUAAAGUUCAUCAGCCAUGAUGAUAUCCAUACUCAGGAGUAUUCCUACAAGUGUACUGAAUGUGUAGAAGCCUUACACCAGUCAGGGGAACGUUCUGAAAAUCAGGGAAUUCAUACUGGAGAAGACUCAUACAGACAUAAUAAAUGUGAAAAUGUUUUUAGUGAGUCAUCCAAUCUGACAAAUAACAUGGUUCAUAGUGGAGAAAAAUGUUGUAGAGGUAAACAAUGUGGAAUAUCCUUUAGUCUUUCUUCAAAGCUUGAAAGACAUCCCAGGUUUUAUACUGCAGAGAAACCAUACAAAUGUAAAGAAUGUGGCAAAACCUUUAAGCAGAGUUCAACCCUUAGAAAUCAUCAGAGAAUUCAUACUGGAGAGAAGCCAUACAAAUGUGAAGAAUGUGGCAAAUCCUUUCAUCAGUAUUCAUAUCUGAGGAUACAUAAGAGAAUUCAUACGGGAGAGAAACCCUACAAAUGUAAAGAAUGUGGCAAAGCGUUUAACCAGUGCUCUGACCUUAUGAAACAUCAGAUAAUUCAUUCUGGAGAGAAACCCUACAAAUGUGAAGAAUGUGGCAAAUCCUUUAACCGGUGUUGGUACCUUGUGAUACAUAAAAGAAUUCAUACUGGAGAGAAACCCUACAAAUGUGAAGAAUGUGGCAAACACUUUAACCGGUAUUCAUACUUCAUGAUACAUAAGAGAAUACAUACUGGAGAGAAACCCUACAAAUGUGAAGAAUGUGGCAAAGCCUUUAGCCAUAGGUCAACAUUUACACAACAUCAUCUAACUCACAAUGGCAAGAAACCCUACAAAUGUGAAGAAGGAAAAGCCUUUCAGUGUAGUUCAACCCUUAGAGAACAUGAGAGAACUUAUACUAGAGAACAACCCUACAAAUGUGAGGAAUGUGGUAAAGCCUUUAACCAGUGUUCACACGUCAUGACACAUAAGAGAAUUUAUACUGGAGAGAAAACCUACAAAUGUGAAGAAUGUGGGAAAGCUUUUAGCCAUAGGUCAACCCUCACACAGCAUCAGGUAACUCACAAUGGCAAGCAACCCUAUAAAUGUGAAGAAUGUGGCAAAGCCUUUAACUAUAGUUCAUCUUUUAGAAAACAUCAGAGAAUUCAUACUGAAGAUAAACCCUACAAAUGUGAAGAAUGUGGCAAAGCCUUUAAGUGGUGUUCAUACCUCAUGAUACAUAAGAGAAUUCAUACUGGAGAGAAACCCUACAAAUGUGACGAAUGUGGCAAAGCCUUUACCCAUAGUUCACCACUUAGACGACAUCAGAGAAUUCAUACUGGAGAGAAACCCUACAAAUGUGAUGAAUGUGGCAAAGCUUUUAAUCGUAGUACAAUACUUAGAGUACAUCGGAGAAUUCAUACAGGAGAGAAACCAUACAAAUGUGAAUAAUGUGGAAAAUUUUUAUUUUUAUUAUUAUUAUUAUUUUUUUUUUUUGAGACAGAGUCUCACUUUGUCGCCUUCAAUAGAGUGCCAUGGCGUCACAGCUCAUGACAACCUCAAGCUUUUGGGCUUAAGCAAUUCUCUUGCCUCAGCCUCCCAAGUAGCUGGGGCUACAGGCACCCACCACAAUGCCUGGCUAUUUUUAUAGACAAGGUCUCACUCUGGCUCAAGCUGGUCUCAAACCUGUGAGUUAAGGCAGUGAGUUUGCCACCCGCCUUGGCUACCCAGAGUGCUAGGAUUACAGUCAUGAGUCACCACACCUGGCCUACAACAUGCAAAAAUCUUUACUUCUCAUUUUAACUUUUGUAGACACCAGAAAUUUAUACUAUAGAAAAACACCACUAAUGUGACUAAUAUGGCAAAGCCUUUUUCACAUUUUACUCAACAUCAAAGAAUCUAUAAUAUUGAAGAGAGCCCCUACCGAUACCAGGAAUGUGGCAAAGCUUUUAACUGUCUUUUAAACCUUAGUGAACAUCAAAAAAUAUACCAUAAGGAAACCUUGAAAAUGUAGAGGCUGCAGCAUAUUCUUUCCUUAGUGUUCAGGCCUUAGACAAAACCAGGAAAUUCGUCCUGAAGAGAAAUCCUACAAAUGUAAAAUAUAUCACAGAAUUCAUACUACAAAAACCUUAUAAUACACGUGAAAAGAGUUUAUCUCAAAUAUACAACUUAGGCAUCACCAGGGAGUUCAUACAAAGAGAGAAUUUAUAGUUACUAUAAAGGCGCAUAAUCUAAUUAAUUAAAACUUCACUCUAAGUGCAUCAGGGAAUUCACACAAGUAAAAACUAACACAUUUUCAGGCUUUAUUUUUGCAUGUUUGUUAUUGGGAAUGUGCAUUCAAAAUAAUUUGAUCAUUUUUUACAUAUGACCGAUAACUUAUACAGGUAUAAUUAUUAAUAUAUUUAGGAUGCUUUAUAUUGAAAGUACUAAAAUUAUUCAAAAGCAAAUAUUGAUGUAAUUCAAUUAUCCCAAGUAGCUGGGACUACAAGUGUCAGCCACAAAGCCUGGCUAUUUUUUGUUGCAGUUUGGCUGGGGCCAGGUUUGAACCCACCACCCUUGGUAUUCUUAAUAUCUAUAUGAAAACAUGUUAUUUGUUUCUUCUGUCUCAGGGCUCUGAGAGGCCAUUUAAUAUUUUGUGAAUGUUAUUAGUAUCAAUUUUAUUAGAAUAACUUAAUGGCCAAUAUAAGCCACAAUAAAAACACACAAAGAUUUUGGGGGGGGUUAAUCAUAAAACAAUGAUGCAUGUAAGCAUACAUUGUAUAAUUGGGAUGUUGUUCAACAUUUUGAAAAUAUUUCACUGGUUAUGUCUUAAGUAGGAAAAAUGAGGCCAGUUAGUUAAAAUACUGAUAUAUCUUUAUUGUAAAACAAAAUACGAGUCUUGAAUAUUAUUUGAUGUGAUAGGGAACAUAGAAAUUGUGACUGGUAAUUGAUGUGAUAUGAGUAGGAAGAAAAACAUCUUGACAAAUGUCAGCAGAAAAUCAAGAUAAUUCCCACAUAAUUACAGCUAUCAGAGGACAGGAAAGAUAACUCCUAUUUAAAGGUCAUAAAUGCAUUCAAAUAGAUGCACUGGAUAAUUAGCCUCAAUUUUUCAAGAAAGCCUGAGAUUACUGAGAUUACUGUAUUAGAUUAGAAUAAUUCCUCUGGAGCACUUGUGCACAUAGUGGAUUUAAAAAUGCUUUCAUUUAGGCUCUGGGCUAAAAAACUUGUCUUGAUUAAUAAAAUUACAUGGUUUUUAAUGUUUUAACACUGAUGCACAAUGAAUGAAAUGUAAUCCUGCCACUAAUUAAACUUUCUUGUCCAAGAUUGUAGUUAACAGGUGAAAAUGUACAAUUUGGGUAAUGCAGUGGAAUAACUACUUUAGUGACCUUUCCCCCCUGAGGAUCUAAAUGUUCAAUAUUUUCAAAAUAUUGUACUCCACAUUACUGUUUUGUGUUCUUUUUUCUUCUUAGUUAGUAGAAGAAUGUUAUUAUAAUAAAGAUUAUAUGGGAGUAAAAUUUGAAGCCAUAGCUUUCAACCCAAAAUUACUAUUCAUAAAAUAUCCAACAUUUUUCUUUGGAUAUGGCCCUUUUCUAGACCUGGUAAAGACAUAGAGAUGUUUUGUUUUGAUUUAGAUUGACUACAACAUGCAAUAUAUCAAGAUAAAUUGUGU